CAGCGCACGCACGCGGUGGGAGCAAUGGACGCGUCCGCUUCAUCGCCCGCGUCGGCCGUGGCGCAGCAGGCCGCGAUGAACCAGCUGGACGAAGAGCAGAUUACAAAAGCCGUGGAAGCUUUGCUGGCUAAUUCAAAAAAACGGAAGAACACAAAGGUAAAGGGAUCACUUCUGAACGACAAUGACACUGUCUUCUUAAUGGUGGUACUGUGGAAGAUCCCCAGCGUAUCACUGAAGGCCAGACUACCCUUGCCCCAUGGUAUUCGAACCGAUUUAGCAGAAGUGUGUCUGUUCACCAAGGAUGAACGCGAUUCAACUGCUGAGAAGACAGAAAAUUUUUAUAAGAACCUCUUGAGCAAGCACGGAAUUAAGACUGUUUCACAGAUCAUCCCAAUGCAGACACUGAAAACCGAGUACAAAGCCUAUGAGGCCAAGCGGCGUCUCCUGGCCAGCUUCGACUUCUUCCUGGCUGAUGCCCGUAUCCAGCGGCUGCUGCCCACGCACCUAGGGAGGCACUUCUACAGCCGCAAGAAGUUCCCGGUCGGCAUCAACCUCCUUUCCAAGAACCUGUCGCGGGAAAUCAGCCAGAGUGUGGGCGGCACUGUCCUCAACAUCACCAAGAGCGGCUCCUGCAGUACCAUUCGCGUAGGCCACACGGGGAUGGCAUCGCGUUGCGUGGUGGAGAACGUCCUGGCUGUCGCCGACGCACUGGCACAGAGACUGCCAGAGAAGUGGGAGAGCGUGAAGCUACUGUACUUGAAGACAGAGAAGUCGGCCUCCUUGCCCAUCUUUUCUUCCUUUGUCAGCAUCCAGGAUGACGCAGAGCUGCAGGCUCUGCGACAGAAGAAAAAUGAAUUAAAACAAAAGAAAAAAGCAAAGAUCAUCAAAAGACGGGAGAAGAAGCGCCGGAAGCAGCUGAAGGUGGCAACCAAGGUGGCCUCGAGCCCCGUCCAGAAGGAAGAGGCCCCCAAAACCAGCGCUGCUCUGCUGACCACCCCAGGACCCCAGAAGGCAGAGACCUCGGCAAAGAAGAAAAAGCCGAGCAAAGCCAAGCCCCAGCCUCAGGGCGGGCAGGACGUGUCUGAAGAUGAGAUCCCGACGCUGGUGCCCAUAGGAGCUACCCCUGGCGCAGCCAGUGUCCAGGUGCAGAAGCCUCCUGCAGGGAAACCCACUCCUAUUGCAGCCAAGACUCCUGUCGGGAAGAAGAGGAAGGCGCCCCCCACUUCAGGGACCCCAAUAGGUCCUAAGCCCACCACCCCAGGUCAAGGCUCCGAGAAGAAGCUAAGAAUGAAGGAGCCAGAGAAAGAGAAGAACCCUUCCGUGGGCAAAAAAGACCCAAGACAACAGACUCCCAAAAAGCCAGAGGCCAAGUUCUUUACCACUGCUAAGGCUUCACCCAAAGCCCCCCAGACCCCCAAACGCCGGCCGAACAAACUGAAAGUGCCCCCUUCUAGCUGAAGUCAUUGUGUGUGCAGUUGUGUAUUUUUCUAUAUUAAAUGUAGUUUUGGGAGCUUU